CGGAGCGGGGGCGCUGGUGGCCGGGCGGGCCGCCCAGCAGCCGCAGGUGGGGCCUGGAGCGGCGGCAGCGGGACCCAGCCGAAAAACCCCGCGCCUGGAGCCGCCAGGAUGCCCGGCGGGGACUCGGAACAGGUGCGCUACUGCGCGCACUUCUCCUAUCUGUGGCUCAAGUUCUCGCUCAUCAUCUACUCCACUGUGUUCUGGCUGAUCGGGGGUUUGGUCCUGUCUGUGGGGAUCUACGCAGAGGUUGAGCGACAGAAGUACAAAACGUUGGAAAGUGCCUUCCUGGCCCCAGCCAUCAUCCUCAUCCUCCUUGGAGUUGUCAUGUUCAUCGUCUCCUUUAUUGGGGUGCUGGCGUCCCUCCGGGACAACCUGUGCCUUCUCCAGGCGUUCAUGUACGUCCUUGGCAUCUGCCUCAUCAUGGAGCUCAUUGGUGGCGUGGUGGCCUUGAUCUUCCGGAACCAGACCAUUGACUUCCUGAACCAGAACAUUCGAAGAGGAAUCGAGAACUACUAUGAUGAUCUGGACUUCAAAAACAUCAUGGACUUCGUUCAGAAGCAGUUCAAGUGCUGUGGUGGGGAGGACUACCGAGACUGGAGCAAAAACCAGUACCACGACUGCAGCGCACCCGGACCCCUGGCCUGUGGGGUGCCCUAUACCUGCUGCCUCAGGAACAAGACAGAUGUUGUCAACACCAUGUGCGGCUACAAAACUAUUGACAAGGAGCGCCUCAGUGUGCAGAAUGUGAUCCACGUGCGGGGAUGCACCAACGCCGUGCUCAUCUGGUUUAUGGACAACUACACCAUCAUGGCGGGCCUCCUGCUUGGCAUCCUACUCCCUCAGUUCCUGGGGGUGCUGCUGACGCUCCUCUACAUCACCCGCGUGGAGGACAUCAUCACAGAGUACUCUGUCACCGAUGGGCUCCUGGGCCCCGGCGGCAAGCCCAGUGUAGAGGCCUCCGGCACCGGAUGCUGCUUGUGCUACCCCAACUAGGGUGUGGACUGGGACAGUGGCUCCAGAAGGACCCGGAAGGACACUGCAGCAGGACAGGCCCUUGCUGAGGCCCCUCCGCUCAAGCUCAGCACAGACCAAAGCCCAGGCCCGGUGCACCUGUGUGAGACGACCUGCAGUGGGCGACCUGAGCCUCCCAACAGGGCUUCUUCUUGGUCCCACAUUACGGGGCCUUGGAAAAAAGGGUGUCCCUGCCCCCGGGCCUGGGUCAUGGAAAAGGGGAGCUCAAGGCUCAGUUCAGUCCUUUUUUUUUUUUUUUUUUCUGACAGUGCCUUGACUGGUAGUUGUGUUCCUUCAUGGACAGUUUUGCAGUGAUUUAUUAAGUAGGGGUGGGGGGAGAGUGUGUUUGGCCCCUGGGUCCAGAAGGCCAGGGUGCAGCCCCUGGGCCCCAGAACCCCAGCCACACCUGUGGCCAGGUUGGGCCAUUUCCCAGCUUCCCAGGUGUCUUGAACCCCCUUCCAGGGUUGCUUUGCUGACCCAUUUUCUAUACAAGUUUUGUAACAUUCAUGUUUUGUACACAGUUAAUAGUAGUUUGGGUGGCUCAAAGCUGGACGUGUUUUUCCACGCCCCACUUUUGCCUGUCCCUCCAAGUCAGCUCACUAAACAAUAAAGAGAUGAUUUUUA